UAGUUGUUGCGUCAAGCGACAAAAUAUAUAUUUAAACCUAAAACUGAAAUUAAGAAAAAUGAAUUGUAAAAAAUUAUAAAUAUUGAAUUACAUUAGUAUUGUAUACUUACCCUAAUAAUAUUAAAAAUACUUACCAUAAUCUAUUACUUUAAGUUAAAAUGAAUUACUCACCUCUUUUUGUACAUACCUGUAUACUUCCAUUCCAACUGUUCUAUCCCGUUAGUUUUAAGACUUAGGCUAAGUAACUAGAUGAGCUGAAAUAAAGAAAUAAUUGUUAUUUGACCGCAAUUGAAUCCGCACGCGUUUAUCUAUUUUUCGCUAUCUCGUUCGUUCGCUUAUUUUUCUUCACAGUAUCGUGAGCCAAAGUGCAGGCAAUUGGUUGAAUUUUAAGUUUAGUGAUUUCACGUGUCCCGACUAUUAUUUUUAUCUCAAAAACUCUUGAGAAAUUUCAUGGCGCCCGAGCAGGGACGUGAGCGUGAUUAGAAAAUUAAAAUAACUACAUACAAUAUAAAAUAUCUUUUUCGCAACCAAUUGCCAAAUGUCGUUUUCGGUUUUCGGAUCUUCGGUUCUCACGGUUCUCACGGUUAAGUGAAGUGGCAAGUUAAAAAAAAAAAAAUAUUAUAAAAAGGAUUAAGGAUCCAACUCUAAAAACAUAUAUAUGUACAUAUAUGUACAUACAUAUAGUUAAAAUAUAUUUGAAGUGCGUGCAGUCCAAUACAAAAAUAUAAUAAGUGGAACCUAUAAUAAAAAUAACGAAAUAUACAUUUACAUACAUAUAAUAUGAGUGCAGUGGAAAUCUGUGGAAAAAAUACAUACAUAUACAUACAGUGUUAAAUCAAGUGCUAAAAUACUUACCGUAUACUUACCUCAGCAUAAAAAUCCUAAAAGAAGAAAAAGGAGAAAAAUUGUGGAGUGUGUGCUUAGUGUAAAGUGAAAAAUUCACCAAAGCGAAGAAGAAAGAAUUAAAAUAAAAGGUGGUACUAAGGUGGAAGGUGAAUUUUAUAUGCGGAACAGUGGUGGGCGCAAAUAAAAGCGCAAAAGUGUUUGAAAUACCAAAAAUAAUAUUAUAAAUACGUUACUGUUAAAAAAAAAAAAAGGAAACAGUUUUAUAACCUGUUUAAAGUGCCGCAUAAUUAAAAAACCGGUAAAGCCGGUAAAGUGCCGGUAAAAACGACAAACCGUUUCCACCGCUAUCCGCAACUUUUUGGUGCUUCAAUCCGCUGCUGUUAUAACUCCGCUGCUGCCAUCACGUCGCUGCCUUCAAUCUAUUGCUGUCGUCGCUCCGCUGCUGUUAUAACUCCGCUGCUGCCAUCACGUCGCUGCCUUCAAUCUAUUGCUGUCGUCGCUCCGCUGCUGUUAUAACUCCGCUGCUGCCAUCACGUCGCUGCCUUCAAUCUAUUGCUGUCGUCGCUCCGCUGCUGUUAUAACUCCGCUGCUGCCAUCACGUCGCUGCCUUCAAUCUAUUGCUGUCGUCGCUCCGUUGCUGUUAUAACUCCGCUGCUGCCAUCACGUCGCUGCCUUCAUCUGCUGCUGUCGUCAAUCUGUUGCUGCUGUCGUCGUUCCGCUGCUGCCAUUACUCCGCUGCUGGUAUAACUUCGUUGCUGCCGUCUAUCCGCUGCUGCUUAAGUCAUCGUGGGAAUGAGCUGCCGCUGUAUCCUGUGCCAGAGGGACGUAAGCGCCGGCAAACAGCCGACGCACCAGGUUCAUUGGUCGCCGAGGGAUGCCACAGAAAGUAUUCAGCGACAACGCAACCAACUUUGUCGGCGCCGACCGCAAGCUGCGCGAGCUGAAGGAGGCGUUCCUAGCGCAAGCGCCAGAACUAAUGGGGUUCGCAGCCGAAGAAGGAUUCAGCUUCGGCUUUAUACCACCCAGGGCGCCGCACUUCGGCGGAUUAUGGGAGGCGGCCGUGAAGUCCGCCAAGCAUCUGCUCGUCCGCGCACUCGGCAACGCUCUACUCACGACGGAGGAGCUAUCAACACUACUGGCCGAAGUGGAGGCCAUUCUGAACUCUCGUCCCCUAGCACCGUUGGGACAGGACCCCAACGACGGAGAAGCACUAACUCCAGCGCACCUUUUAAUCGGUUGCCCUCUGCGAGCGCUGCCACCAGCACAAGUGCCAACGGACCCAAUUCGUUGCUGCGAGAGAUGGCAACUUGUUUGCUGUCUCAAGCAACAGUUUUGGCGACAGUGGUCCAAAACCUACAUGACGGGCCUUCAGGAACGCAACAAAUGGCUGCACCCCAAACGCAACCUGCAGCCAGGCGAUCUCGUCCUCGUCCACGAGGACAACGUGCCGCCACAGCAGUGGGUACUCGGACGCGUCGUCGCCGCCGUCGAAGGGCAAGACGGCAAGGUGCGAGUCGCAGAAGUAGCAACCAAGACGGGCACGAUUAAGCGCCCCAUCCACAAACUGGCUGUCCUUCCACUGGAUAUUGAAGGAAUCUGAUCCUGUCAAGGUGGCCGGUGUUGCGUCAAGCGACAAAAUAUAUAUUUAAACCUAAAACUGAAAUUAAGAAAAAUGAAUUGUAAAAAAUUAUAAAUAUUGAAUUACAUUAGUAUUGUAUACUUACCCUAAUAAUAUUAAAAAUACUUACCAUAAUCUAUUACUUUAAGUUAAAAUGAAUUACUCACCUCUUUUUGUACAUACCUGUAUACUUCCAUUCCAACUGUUCUAUCCCGUUAGUUUUAAGACUUAGGCUAAGUAACUAGAUGAGCUGAAAUAAAGAAAUAAUUGUUAUUUGACCGCAAUUGAA